UCCUAUUUAUCAUGUUAAUGUUUUGCCUCCAUCCAUUAGCCUAAACAGGGUCUGACUCAUAGUACCAAGAACUUGGAUGAAUAUUAAAUGAAUGGGUCAGAUCCUGGCCUCAUCCCAGCGUGUUGGGGAAGAGAGAUGAGACACAGCUGGGAGAAGGAUCAAGGUUGUGAUUAAGAGAGUAGAGGAGGAGGAAGAGAAGGACUCUGAGUGUGAGAGGUUUCCUAGUUGUAUUUGAGUUAGGCCUUGAAAAGUCAGGAAGACUGGGUAAGCAGUAUUACAUGGGUAAUGUAGCUUAUUAGGGCAUGGGAAAUACUUUGGCCAUAGCUUGAUUUUAAAGACUUGGGGAUGUGUGUCAGGAGGGCGGGGGUGGCACCUGGGUGGCUCAGUCAGUUAAGCUGCCAACUCUUGAUUUCAGUUCAGGUCAUGAUCUCAGGGUCCUGAGCGUCCUGCUCUGCGCUCAGCAGGGAGCCUGUUUGAGGAUUCUCUCUCCCUCUCCUUCUGCCCCACCCUUGUUCAAGCUCGCUUUCUCUUUAGAUAAAUACAACUUAAAAAUAAUAAUAAUAAUAAUAAUAAUAAUAAUAAUUAAUUUGAGGGCAUGAGCUGGGGUAAGGGCAUAGGGAGAGGGACAAGCAAGCUCUCCACUGAGCAGGGAGCCCAAUGCGGAUCACAAUUCCAGGACCCUGAGAUCAUGACCUGAGCCGAAGGCAGACACUCAACUAACUGAGCCACCCAGACGCCCCGUGAUAAAUACAUCUUAAAAAAAAAAAAAAAAAAAAAAAGUCUGAGGGAGCAAGAUAGAUAAAUUGGAAAGGUGGAGAAGGGCUUUUGGAAGCAAAGCUUAGCAAUAAACAGCUUUGAGGCACUUAUUUCAUUCAAAUCGAGAACUGUUUCAAGUUAGGUAUAUUGGCUCAUUUCGUACAGCCACCACAUGAAGAAGGAGGUACUCCUUCCAACUCCAUUUUACAAAUUAGGACACUGAGGGUCUCGGCAGUUACACAGUUUUCCAUGUCACACAACUCAAACAUGCCAGCUUGGGCAUUUGAAGCUGGGUAGCCUAACUGCAGAUCCAAGUUCUGAAUGACUCCACACUGGGGAAGAAUUCUGUGACUGCCUGGUGACCGGCUGCACAUAAAGGCUACAAUGGCCCCUUUUCCCCUUGUGCCUCGCCUCAUCGCACUGUCCAGAGAGAAAGUCCGCUAAUAGACAUCUGAACCAAUCAGCACUCAGAAAGGGGGAGGGCCCCAGUGGGCCUCACAGCCAAUUGGUGGAUGGGAGGUGUCUAAGGACAAAUGAGAGAUGUUUCUGACAGUAAGGCUGGAAUGGGUGGGACUAUAACCGGCACUGGUGCCUCGUGCCUGGCGGGAGCCAGAAGUCCGCGAGCAGGAAGCUAGAGUGAGUGGGAGGGCACACGCAUGCGUGUUGUACGCAGGAGGCCCAGCGUGAGGCCCCGAAGAGACCCCAGUACGUGGUGAGGUAGGAUUACCGCGGAAAAGAAGCCACUGCACCCCACAGCCACGUGGGGUGGGUAGGGGGCAGGGUUCGUUGGUCCAGGAGAAGGACACAAUGGACCCCCGGGGGCCAGCCCCCCAGCCUUUCCAGCGGCCUGAGAAACCUGGUCGUGUGCGCCGUCGGAAGACCAGGCGGGAGCGCAAUGAGGCCCUGAUGGGCAACCGCCGGCCAUUGACCCGUCAGGAUCCUCCUGUGGCCAGUCAGGAUCUCCCUGUGGCCGCUACCGCUCCCAAGCUUGUGGUCAUAACCCAGGGCCGGCUGAGCCGGGAGCACUGGGGUCUCUUCAACCAUGAAGUGAAAUCUCUGGACGUGGCACGGCUGCUUAGCUGUGAGUCCCUGGAGCCAGGCACCCCUUCAUUCCCCACCAAACCCUCCCCAAGCCCAAGCCGGGUCCAAGAACCAGCCCUGCAGUCAGGGGGCAAGGAGAACCAGGUUCCUAGAGGCUCGGGCCCAGGCCCACCCAGUCCCCCAGAGAUCCUUGGCUUGGGAAAGCUGCUGGAGGAGCUGCAGUGCCAGCUGAUUCUGCCACAGGCCUUCCCCAGGAGGAACCUAGUGCAAGAAGCCAGGGAUGCCAUCGUGGGCACCUUACAGUCCUGCCAUGGCUGUGUGCCUGACCUCACCCUGGUGCUCCAUGACUUCCAUCCACCCUUACCAGGGACCAAGCCUGGAGGCCCUGAAAGCCAAAGGAUGACACCCUCCUGGAUCAGCAGCCCCGAGCAGGCCCUAGGGGAGGGGAGGCAGAGGAGGCAACGGAGGACAAAGGAGCUUACCUUUGCCAUUUCUCACACCUCCAGCACUCCCAUGGUGCACAGGGUGAGCCUGGCACCGCCAAAAGGUCCCUGGCCACCACCCUUGCCCUUGUUGCCUUCACCAUCUGGGGCAGCCUGGGGCCCCCCAACAGCCUUUGACCUGCUGAAAAGUAUCUGGCUCGUAGCCACACCACCCCCUCCCCAGCCCUGGGGGGUCGGGCCACAACAACCCCUGCCUCAGCCACCAUCACCCUUGUUGCCUGAAACCUCUGCCCUGGACUGGAGCCCCAGCCCUCCUGCCCCACUGCCCAGCCUCUCCUGGGUAGUGGCUCAGAGCAGCCCAGAGGCCUGGUCCUUUCCACCCUUGAGACUGUACUGAGGGGGCUGAGGCUGGGCCGGGGGUACUCCUAAUCACCUCAAUAAAGUACCUUCUACAUGA